AUGUCUCCUCCUCGGCUCACCGGUGCAUUGCGCUCUUUCUCUACAGUCAGCAAGCAGGAAGACUUCACACUCGAGCUUUAUGAUUUGAAGGCCAAGCGUCUGAAGAGGCAGGAACUGUUUGCCAGAGAGGGCCUGACAUGGCCAAAAGUUGUGCAGCUCUUCACACAACACCAGGAGAAGAAGGAGCAACAGUCAGCUUCUCAAGAGCUGAAAAACAUUCUGCAAGCAGCAAAACAAAUAGUUGGCACAGAGUUUGGACAGGACACCAUUGAAAGUGCUGCAGUCUACUUGUUUAAAACAUUCCACAACAAAGACCAGGUUGGCCAUGAAGAGACACGUGCCAUUAAGCAGAUGUUUGGCCCUUUCCCAGCUUCAGCUGCUGAAGCAUCCUGUGUUGCUGUGGGCCAACUGGUGGCUCUGCUUGGAGAGUCGCAUGUGGAGGCUUUCAUCCAGACACAGAGCUCCUGUAAAACUGUGGAUCAAGGGGCUACAUUCGGACGGAACAUUACCUUUUCCUUUGACUCCUAUGUGCUAGACACCCAGGAUGCUCUACCCUGGGAGGAGGAGCAAGGCGAAGGCCAAAGCUUGGACUUCAACAGCUUCUUGAAUAACCAUGUUGGUGGGCGGAGGACUGAGGUAGAGACAGUUGGAGCAAGCUCAGUGAGUGCCCUGAGCCAGAGCAGUGCCGAAAGCUCUAUCCUUAGAAGAGAGGUGGAGAAAUACCUGAGUGGAGGCAACAUGGGCUCAUCCAGUGCUGAGGAACUGUGUACCUCCUUGUUUGAGAUGCUGUCCUCCACGAAGACUGAUGAUGAACUUCAGAAUGAGCUGUUUGAAUUUCUUGGCCCUGAGGGAUUUGAAAUGAUCUCUGUACUUCUUCAGAGAAGGUCAGACAUUGUGGACUCUCUCCUGUCUGGCCCACCUGAUAACAAGCUCAGCUACCCACCAGAUGGUAUACUUAAAAGCACUGAGACAGUUAAGCCCACAUAUGGCUGUCAGGUGACCAUUCAGUCAGAACAGGAGAGGCAGAUGAUGAAGCUCUACCGGAGGGAGGAGAAGAGGGAGAGGAAGAGAGAGAAACGAAGUGAUGACGGGGAAUACUCUGAAGCUGCGUUCCAUUUUGACCCUAAGGAGCUGAGACUGCAGAGGGAGCAGGCCUUGCUGACUGCCCGCCGUUCUCCAGUGUUAGGCCGUCAGAGAGAAUACGAGCGCCCUCGCUACCCUCAUGUCUAUGACUCCUGUGCUGAGGCUACUAAGACUUCUGCCUUCAUUGGAGGGGCCAAGAUGCUGCUGCCUGAGGGCAUCCAGAGAGAGAAUAAUAAGAUGUUUGAGCAGGUUGAGAUCCCACCCAAUGAGCCCAUGCCCAUCGGCUUCCAGGAGAAGCCUGUCUACAUCUCAGACCUUGAUGAGAUUGGGCAGUUGGUGUUUAAGGGAAUGAAGAAGCUGAACAGGAUACAGUCCAUUGUGUUCGAAACGGCUUAUAACACCAAUGAGAACAUGCUGGUGUGCGCUCCCACGGGUGCGGGCAAGACCAACAUCGCCAUGCUCACUGUUCUGCACGAGAUCCGCCAGCACCUGCAGCCUGGCGGGGUCAUCCGCAAGGACCAGUUCAAGAUAGUAUAUGUGGCUCCAAUGAAGGCCUUGGCUGCCGAAAUGACUAAUUACUUCAGUAAACGCUUGGAGCCACUGGGCAUCGCUGUCAAAGAGCUGACUGGAGACAUGCAGCUGACCAAAGGGGAGAUCCUCCGCACUCAGAUGCUGGUGACCACUCCUGAGAAGUGGGACGUGGUAACAAGGAAGAGUGUAGGUGAUGUGGGGCUAUCCCAGAUCGUCCGGCUGCUCAUCCUGGAUGAGGUGCACCUGCUGCAUGAGGACAGAGGGCCUGUCCUGGAAAGCCUAGUAGCCAGGACGCUGCGUCAGGUGGAGUCGACUCAGAGUAUGAUCCGUAUACUGGGACUAUCUGCCACACUGCCCAAUUACCUGGAUGUGGCAUCCUUCCUGCAUGUAAACCCAUACAUCGGCCUCUUCUUCUUCGACAGCCGCUUUCGGCCUGUUCCUCUUGGUCAAACCUUUGUGGGCGUUAAGACCACAAAUAAGAUUCAGCAGCUUCAUGAUAUGGAAGAGGUUUGCUAUGACAAGGUCCUGGAGCAAAUUAAAGCUGGACAUCAGGUGAUGGUGUUUGUCCAUGCCCGUAACUCCACUGUGCGUACAGCCAUGAGUCUAAUUGAAAUGGCGAAGAACCGAGGGGAGUCAUCGUUCUUCCAGGCGGACCAAGGGCCCGAUUAUGGACACUGUGAAAAGCAGGUGCAGCGCUCACGGAAUAAGCAGAUGAGGGAGAUGUUCCCUGAUGGUUUUGGGAUCCACCAUGCUGGGAUGCUGCGGCAGGACCGUACGCUGAUGGAGAACAUGUUCUCCAGGGGCUACCUAAAGGUCCUGGUGUGUACAGCCACAUUGGCUUGGGGUGUCAACCUGCCUGCUCAUGCAGUCAUCAUAAAGGGCACGCAGAUCUACGAUGCCAAACGGGGUGCCAUGGUGGAUCUGGGCAUCCUGGAUGUGAUGCAGAUUUUUGGACGCGCUGGCCGUCCUCAAUUUGAUAAGUAUGGAGAGGGCACCAUCAUUACCACUCAUGACAAGCUGAGCCACUACCUAACCCUCCUCACCCAGCAGAACCCUAUCGAGAGCCAGUUUCAUGCCAGCCUGGCUGAUAACCUCAAUGCUGAGGUGGCUUUGGGAACUGUUACCAAUGUUGAAGAAGCUGUUAAGUGGUUGAGCUACACCUACCUCUACGUACGAAUGAGAGCCAAUCCACUGGUUUAUGGCAUUAAUCAUAAGGCCUACCAGAUGGAUCCAGGCCUGGAGCUCUACAGGAAAGAAUUAGUGGUGGAGGCUGGGAGGAAGCUGGACAAGGCUCGUAUGAUCCGGUUUGAGGAAAGGACUGGUUAUUUUGCCUCGACUGACCUUGGCAGAACUGCCAGUCAUUUCUACAUCAAGUAUAACACCAUAGAGACUUUCAAUGAGCUUUUCAACGCCCAGAAAACAGAAGCUGAUAUUCUGAGUAUUGUCUCUAAAGCAGAGGAAUUUGAGCAGGUUAAGGUGCGUGAGGAGGAGAUGGAAGAGCUGGAGACAUUGCUGUGUAGCUUCUGCGAGCUGCCGGCGGCUGGAGGAGUGGAGAAUGGCUACGGGAAAAUCAACAUCCUGCUGCAGACCUACAUCGGCCGCGGGGAGGUGGACAGCUUCUCACUCAUCUCCGACCUGGCUUACGUGGCCCAGAAUGCUGCUCGUAUUGUGAGAGCGCUCUUUGAGAUCGCUCUGAGGAAGCGCUGGCCGGCAAUGACCUACAGACUGCUAAACCUGUGCAAAGUGAUUGACAAGCGUCUGUGGGGCUGGGCCCACCCCCUGCGCCAAUUUACCACACUGCCCAGCUCUGUGCUGUCCAGGCUGGAGGAGAGGAAGCUUACUGUGGACAAGCUUAAAGACAUGCAGAAGGACGAGAUAGGUCACAUGUUGCACCAUGUGAACAUCGGGCUGAAGGUGAAACAGUGUGUCCACCAGAUUCCUGCCAUCUUGAUGGAGGCUACCAUUCAGCCUAUCACACGAACUGUCCUUCGCGUUCGCCUCACCAUUACCCCCGACUUCAGGUGGAAUGACCAGGUGCAUGGCUCAGUCGGAGAGCCGUGGUGGCUGUGGGUGGAGGACCCCAUCAAUGACCAUAUUUACCACUCUGAGUACUUCCUCCUGCAGAAGAAACAGGUGGUAAGUGGGGAGCCACAGCAGGUGGUGUUCACAAUCCCAAUCUUUGAGCCCAUGCCUUCUCAGUACUACAUCCGCGCUGUGUCUGACCGCUGGCUAGGCUCUGAAGCUGUGUGCAUCAUCAACUUCCAGCACCUCAUCCUACCUGAGAGACACCCCCCCCACACAGAGCUCCUGGACCUGCAGCCACUGCCUGUGACAGCUCUGGGCAACAGGGAGUAUGAAAGCCUGUAUAAGUUCACACAUUUCAACCCCAUUCAGACACAGAUUUUCCACACACUUUACCACACUGACACCAACGUGCUGCUUGGGGCACCCACUGGCUCAGGAAAAACCAUCGCUGCAGAGAUGGCCAUCUUCCGGGUCUUCAACAAGUACCCUACUUCCAAGGUGGUCUACAUCGCUCCUCUGAAAGCACUGGUCAGAGAAAGGAUAGAAGACUGGAAGAUCAGGAUCGAGGAAAAGCUUGGGAGGAAAGUGAUAGAACUGACAGGUGAUGUGACACCGGAUAUGCGGGCCAUAGCACAAGCAGACCUGAUUGUCACCACACCAGAGAAGUGGGAUGGAGUCAGCCGCAGCUGGCAGAACCGCAGCUAUGUCCAGAAAGUGUCAAUUCUCAUCAUUGACGAGAUCCAUUUGCUCGGGGAGGACAGAGGGCCAGUUCUUGAAGUCAUUGUGUCCAGGACCAACUUCAUCUCAUCACACACCUCCAAGCCUGUUCGAGUGGUUGGCUUAUCCACGGCGUUGGCCAAUGCACGGGACCUGGCGGACUGGCUGGGCAUUGGACAGAUGGGCUUGUUUAAUUUCCGGCCCUCAGUUCGGCCUGUCCCAUUGGAGGUACACAUCCAUGGUUUUCCUGGACAGCACUACUGUCCCCGCAUGGCCAGCAUGAACAAGCCCGUUUUCCAAGCUAUUCGCAGUCAUUCCCCCGCAAAGCCCGUUCUGAUCUUUGUGUCAUCUCGAAGGCAGACGCGUCUUACAGCGCUCGACCUGAUCGCUUUUCUGGCCACGGAGGAUGACCCUAAACAGUGGCUUCACCAGGAUGAGAGAGAGAUGACCGACAUAAUUGCCACAGUGAGGGAUUCGAACCUGAAGCUGACACUGGCCUUUGGCAUUGGCAUGCAUCACGCUGGUCUGCAUGAAAGAGACAGGAAGACAGUGGAAGAGCUGUUUGUCAACUGCAAGAUUCAGGUGCUAAUUGCAACAAGCACUCUGGCCUGGGGUGUGAACUUCCCUGCCCAUCUUGUGAUUGUGAAGGGUACAGAAUACUAUGAUGGGAAGACUCACCGUUACGUGGAUUACCCCAUUACAGAUGUGCUACAGAUGAUGGGGCGGGCAGGUCGACCACAGUUUGAUGACCAAGGCAAAGCGGUCAUCCUUGUACAUGACAUCAAAAAAGACUUCUACAAGAAGUUUCUCUAUGAGCCCUUCCCCGUUGAGUCCAGCCUCCUUGGCGUGCUUUCUGAUCACUUGAACGCAGAGAUAGCUGCAGGAACUAUCACUUCCAAGCAGGAUGCCAUGGAUUACAUCACUUGGACUUAUUUUUUCCGUCGGCUCGUUAUGAACCCCAGCUACUACAAUCUGGAUGAUACAAGCCAUGAGACUAUAAACAAGUUCUUGUCCAAUCUUGUGGAACGAAGCCUGAGAGAUUUGGAAUGUUCCUACUGUAUGGAAAUACAAGAGGACGAGCGCACCAUUGUACCUCUCACGUACGGCCGCAUUGCCUCCUACUAUUAUCUGAAGCAUCAGACUGUUCGCAUGUUCAAGGAGAAACUGAAGCCAGAGCUUCCGGUCCAUGAGCUGCUGACCAUCCUCACAGAUGCAGAGGAGUACGCAGAGUUGCCGGUGCGCCACAAUGAGGACCAGCUGAACAGCGAGCUGGCCCAGCGGCUCCCCCUGCAGGUCAACCCACACUCCUACGACAGCGCCCACACCAAGACCCACUUGCUGCUGCAGGCCCACUUCAGCCGCGCCCAGGUCCCCUGCAGCGAUUACCUCACGGACACCAAGACCGUCCUGGACAACGCCAUCCGGAUCUGCCAGGCUAUGUUGGACGUGGCAGCGAACGAGGGCUGGCUGGUGUCUGCUCUAAGCAUCUGUAACCUCGUACAGAUGAUUGUUCAGGCCAGGUGGCUUCAUGACUCCUCUCUGCUCACCCUGCCUCAUAUUGAACAACAGAACCUCUACCUCUUCAGGAGAUGGAGCUCCAGAGGUGGGCAGGGUGGAGGCAGGGGUUAUCAAGGUCCAAUCGAAGUGCUUCCUGAACUAAUGGCUGCCUGUGAGGGAAGAGAGGAAAUCUUCACAGCUAUGGUGAGGGAGGAGCUUCAACCACAACAGAUCUCUCAGGCUUGGAUUUUUUUGGCUCACCUACCAGUGGUGGAGGUGAGUCUUAGUGUAAAAGGCUGGUGGGAGGGCUGUGAGGAGCAGACUGAGCGUGCUCUGUCCACUAGCAUCACUAACAUCAGGGAGCAGAGCAGCUGGCUGCCCGUUCAUGCUGACCAGGAGUAUGUGCUUCAGGUGUCCCUGCAGCGACUUAACAUGGGCCAGCAAAGAAGGAAACAGGACACUAGAGCCCAUGCUCCACGUUUUCCUAAGCCCAAGGAUGAAGGCUGGUUCCUGGUGCUUGGAGAGGUGGAGAAAAAGGAGCUUCUGGCAGUCAAACGUGUAGGAUAUGUUCGCAACCGGAGCGUAGCAUCUGUGGCCUUCUUCACGCCUGAGCAGACCCGGAAGUGUAUCUACACACUGUAUCUGAUGAGCGAUAGCUACCUGGGCUUGGAUCAGCAGUAUGACAUCCACUUGAAUGUGAUCCCCGCCAGCAUUUCUGCCCAGGUCAACACUGAGGUCUCUGAUAGCAUGAGCAGCAUGUCAUUUAAGUGACCUCCACCCUGGAACACGUGUGGUUCUGGCACAGGCCAGUACUCCUUGAAGACCUCUGACAACAAAGCAUCACAGGUGUGACCGAACUUGGGCUGGGCUGACCAAGAUGGCCUUAGAACUAAACUAAUACAAAAGCUACUGUGAGUUUGCUUGGUAUUAGAAUAGAAAGAUUUUCUUAGCAUUUUGCCGUUAUGACACAAAAUGCAUCAUUCUUAUUCAUUUGUAUGAUACUGCUGGACCUGUUAAUCCAGCUUUGAGGACACUGAGAAGGCAUGCAUAUGAGCAUGAGGUGGGCAGGAGCAGACAUGACGUCACUGUUAGAGCAGAAGGCCUCUGGAGAGAAUUUAUUUGAGCAGGCGGUCAGGAAUUCUGUGCAGGUGUGUAAAACAUGCUCCUCUGUGAGUGACUGCUGCACUCUACCACUGCCAGACUGUCACAUCUGUUUUGUGAAAUUUCUUUCUUUCUCUAUCUAUCUAUCUAUCUAUCUAUCUAUCUAUCUAUCUAUCUAUCUAUCUAUCUAUCUAUCUAUCUCUCGCUCUCGCUCUCGCUCUCGCUCUCUCGCUCUCUCGCUCUCUCUCUGUCAUUCUCUCUCUGCGACUUUCUCUCUCCAUCCCUCUCCAUUCCCGUAUCCUUCAACACCCUGCUGUGGAAAACCUCUGGGAUAUACAAGUGCCAAACUCAUCCAACAGGGGUUUAGAAUAAGUAAUGGCUAAAAUAAUUUGCCUUAAAUCAUUUAAGAAUGUUCUGACAAAUGUUAUAUAGAUGUACUGUCAAGUUGAUGGUUUCAGAGCUAAACUACCAAACAUUUCUCAUAUUUCAUUUUUUUCUUUAUAAUUUAGGAUGUUUUGCAUAUUCUUCAAAAUUUUCUAAUAAUUUUGCUUGAGAAAUAAAGGGAUAUGAAUGCA